CAUUGAUUGACAGUGUAGGGGGUAUUGAUUGACAGUGGGGGGAUGAUGUACCCCCAUAUUAAGUGACUUAGUUGGAGUACACACCGCCCCCGGAAUGUCCCCGGGAUGAAGGCGGUGUUGGGGGGCAGGAUGUGGCCCCGGGGCCGAGUGCCGGUGGGGGCCAGCGCUCUGUGUGUCCUCCUGCUGUGCUGGCUCUACAUGUUCCCCGUUUACCGGCUGCCGGAGGAGAAGGAGAUCGUGCGGGAGGUUCUACGGCUGAGAACCGGCUGGAGGGAGAACCGGACUGCGGGCAGGGAAUUCAGGAAGCUGCUAAAGGAAUGCUGUGACCCCGGCAAUCUAUUCUCCGUCACUAAAGUCAACACCCCGGUAGGAAAAAGCCUCUGGUUCGACGGAGAAUUCCUGCACUCUAUCACCAUCAAUAAUGCCACCUACAAUCUCUUUCCACAGGAUACCCCUUUCAAGCUCCCAUUGAAAAGAUGCUCAGUGGUUGGCAAUGGUGGGAUUUUGAAGGACAGCGGCUGUGGAACCCAGAUCGACCAGGCAGACUUUGUUGUGCGAUGUAACCUGCCACCAAUUACCAGCGAAUACACCAAGGACGUUGGGUCAAAAUCACAACUAGUGACCGUGAACCCUUCUAUCAUUGAUAAAAGGUUUCAGAAUUUAUUGUGGUCCAGGAAAUCCUUCGUGGAGAGUGUGAAAGUUUACAAUGACAGUUAUCUGUACAUGCCGGCAUUUUCCAUGAAACACGGAACCGAACCCUCGCUCCGCGCACAUUACACACUGACCGACUUCCAAGCCAACCAAUCAGUGCUUUUUGCAAAUCCCAACUUCCUGCGCAGUAUCGGGAAAUUCUGGAAGAACAAGGGAGUGCACUCAAAACGCCUCUCCACCGGCCUCUUCAUGGUGAGCGCUGCGCUAAGUCUGUGCGAGGAGGUUACCAUCUAUGGUUUUUGGCCGUUUCAAGUGGAUCUGAAAGGAAGACCUAUCAGCCACCAUUAUUACGAUGAUAUUUUACCGCGGUCAGGAUUUCAUGCCAUGCCGGAGGAGUUUGUACAAUUAUGGAUUCUUCACAAAACCGGAGUCUUGAGAAUACAGUUGGAUCAGUGUGUCUGAUGAAAGUAUUCCAUUGUGCUUUUGGGGGAAAUAGGAAAUGUUCAGUAUUUUGUGGAAUAUACCAGCGCUUAGAAAACAAACAAACCUUGUUUAUGAUCGAGGGCAGCUUUUCAUAAAAGUGCCAAAAUCCCCUCCUAGCUACGUCUUCCUGAUUUCCUUUCAAACUGGCGAAUGUACACAAAUUUGCUGACCUUUUUAGAAUCAAAGAAAAUGAAUGUAGUAUUUUAAUCUUUUACAGCAACAAAGAUUCUUUUUAUUAAGUCAUUGUUAAUGUUUAUUUUAACUCGUUGGGACGUGCGGUUUAUUUUCCAUGUAAUCUUAUAGAACUCAAGUCAUUGACACUUUCAUGCCAAGGUUAACGCGGAGAAUUAGGGAGGACAUUGCCUGAUAGGUUUUUCCAAUUUUCGGUUUUAACGUUAUAACUGGCGGUAUGGCAUGCGUGCAUCUGUGUUCCAGGCAUGUGUGUUGGAUGUUUUAUUUUGCCUGUUGCAAUGCUUCCUGGGAAUUGCGUAUAGUCUUGUUGAAAUGCAAUGUGUGCGCCGUACACCACGUAGGGUGUUGUUGAAUGCUGUUUGGAGUGCGCCCAGUUUAAUGGAGAGCACUACGUGGAAUGUUUGACAUGUUUCUGCGGUGGUGUGUUAAGGGUGUUUACUGGUAUUUGUAAUUGGUAGUUUAUACACUGUGCUACGUGGCUGAUCUGUUAAUGCCCAGGGUUUGUAGUAACUAUGGCUGAAUUUGUCCCGCCCGUUGCGGUCUCUAAGGGGUUGAAAGGUUUGUUUUGUUUUAUAUUCUCUUGGGAAGAUCACUAUGAAUCAAAAAUGACAAAUAUCACAGAAUAUGUAAAAUAACUUUUUCAGUUUAUGUUAAUAGACGAUGAUAAUUUGUAAACUGUACUGUCCGCGGCUGAAGAUGUUGUGGUUUUAUCCCCCUGCCCCCACCCCCAGGCUCGCUAUUGUCCUCCUCCAAGCAGUGAAUAUAAGGCUGCUUGCCACUGAUCCAAACAGUUAGACAGACCGACUGCUCUCUGUAGAAUACUCAGGGAACACAGCAGCUCACACUGGAGGGGGACAAUCAACCAACCCACCCCCCAUGGAGAGAUUUAUCAGAGUAUUCUGAAAAGCAUCUUUCAUUUUGAUCUCUGCUCUGUUUGUAUUUAUUAACUUUUCUAAAAAUGUUCUUAUAAGUGUCAGCUCUCGACUUAAAACACUAUAGGCAUUAAAACUAUUUUAUCUUAAUGAAGCAGUUUUGGUGUGUAGACCAUGCCCCUGCAGUCUCACUGCUCAAUUCUCUGCCAUUUAGGAAUUAAAUCACUUUUUUUUGUUCUGUUUAUGCAACCCGAGCCACACAUUGCCUGACUGUGACUGACACAGCCUGCAUGAAAACAAAAUGGUUUAAUUUUCAAUCAGAUGUUAACUUACUCUAGAGGUUUUUAUCUCCUGCUCUGUAAAUGUAACUUUAAUUGCAUACAGGAGGCUUGUGCAAAGUCUAGCAAGCUAUUAACAGAGCAGUAGAGAAGAAAUGUUAAAUUAAACAAACUGGAUGUUUAAAUAUUAGAUCUCUCUUUACAGGAAGUAAAUACAUUGAUUUGACUCCUAAAAGACAGAGAAUUUAGCAUUGAGAAUGCAGGGGCUGGAUCUAUACACCAAAACCACUUCAUUAAGCGAAACUUGUUUUGCUGUCUAUAGUGUCCCUUUAAAUUCGAAAAAUUUUGUGGAAAAAUGUAUUUCUGUACAAGUAAACUUAAAUUAGACAAAAAAGAGAAUUGAAACAGAACACAUUUCUUGAAAACAAAUUGUUGAUAAAUAAAUCUGUUUAUUUGCUAAAAACUGGCGUGCUUACAAAGAAGCAAAUGGCAAAAAGACAGAUAUAUUAAACUGCACUUAAAAUGCCUAAACAAUGGUGCAAUGUUGCUUGGGACACUUUGAUAAAUGGGAAUGGGAAUAUUUUGACUGUACAGUAGGAUUUAUAAAGAUCAUGAAAUCUUCCCUUUAAUCUCUCCGCUGGUGAAAUGCCAGGCAGACACGAUCUAUCCAUACUUGCUGAUAAAAUCCAUGCAGAUGCUCUCUGGUUCGACAGCCCCUCUCUUUUGUACAGAGACCCCUUGUCUUGCCAGUUUACAGCCCAUACUGCAAGCUUUCUUCCACCACGAUUUCAUAUUGGUAGGAAAUGGGACAAACGUCAGGGAUACCGAGCACAUUGCUCUGUGAUACGCAGUGUCAGAUUUCUUGAUUACUGUAUUUGGUGUCACUGGCUGUUCCCUGGACACCUCGUCCUCUGUUUACAGGUGAGGGUAGCAGAGUUUCUGAUGGUAACAGCUAAUGUUGGCACUGCGGUCAUUGUUGCACUAUAUGUCCCUUAAU